AUGGAAGUGAUGGAAAUCGCUUGGAAAAGGUGUAUGCGAACUCGAUCGAGUCGGUCAACAGAAGACUUGGUCGAGCUAGACUUUCACACGGGUAGAAAGAGGUUCAGAGGUCAGAGGGUACAAGAGGAACCUGAGGUGCUUGUUGCUGAUACAAUGGAUGUACCAGAGGGGAAUGGAAACCCUUUGGGCAAUGGACUCGGUCGAGCUAGGCAAACUCGACCGAUUGGUCUAGGAGAUGCUCCAAACCGCCACAACAGAGACAAGGGAUUGUUCCACCACCAGUGCAGAACCACAACUUUGAGAUCAAGCUGGGAAUGA